AUGGCUUCAAACAUAACUAUCAAAGUUCAUCCUUUGGUUCAUAUGACAAUUGUUGAUUCAUACAUCAGAAUCACAAAAGAAGCGACCGAUCCAAAUGAUCACAAGAAAACACUCGGAACUCUCAUGGGAUUCUAUGAAAAAGGAAUAGUUCAGGUAUAUCUGAUUAUUCAACCAUAAAAUAUAGAAAAUAUUUUUGUUCAGGUCACCAACUGCUAUGCGAUUCCUUUCAAGGAGGAUCCAGAACAUCCAGAAAUCGAUGACAAAUUCAACAAAAUGAUGCUUUCGAUUCAUGAACAAGCAACACCACAUGAACAACCAGUUGGAUGGUUUUUCACAACAUCGGAUAUCACUGUGAGCUGCGCAGUAUAUCAUGAUUAUUAUACUCGGAUAAUCUCGGAGGUUUGUUUUUUCAAAUUUUUUUUUUCAUUACCUCCCGAUUUAUUCUUCAGAUUCCACAACGCCGCAAAAAUGUUCCAAUCAUCUUGAUCACUUUCGAUGUAACUCUUUCUGAAGAAAAUUCCAACAGUUUGCCGAUGCGAGCAUUUUAUCGAACAAAAGCUGGAAUUCCUGGAGGAAGAGAGCCACAUUGUGCUAUUUUCAAUCCACUUCGCAUUGAACUUUCUACUUUUGAAGGAGAACGUGCUACUUUGCAAUUCCUUCAAAAGGCAACUGGCUCGGCUAGAAGAGGAAGAGGAAUCACUUUGGAGGAUGGAUUCAAGAAGAUUGAAGAGACAACCGAUGAUAUAAUUGGAAUGUUGGAGAGAUUGUUGGAGUGAGUUUUUGUUUAUCGACAAGAAAAAUAUCUGGAAAUAAAAAGAAAAUCAGUCUCUUCUGAACAUUUUGAAAAAUUAUACAAAAAAUUAUUACUUUUUAGGUACGUCCAAGGCGUCAUUGCCAAUGGUGAAAAACCAAAAGAUAUCUUGAUUGGAAGACAAAUCAAGGAAAUGUUGAACUCGUGCGCUAUUCAUAUGGAUACUGAGAAAAUCGACAAAUUGUUCUCCAACAGUCUCAGAGUCAGUUUUUUCUUUGUCAAUUUUUUGCAUAAUUUUGUGUUUACAGGACUACCUCAUGGUUCAAAACUUGACAGAGUUGGCAAAAACUCAUCUCAACCUUCACCAUUUCGCCAAGUGA